GGCCGAGGGCACCGCGGAGCCCAAGCACGAUGCCCCGGCCAAGAAGGCGAAGAGGCCAAAGCCAGAAACUCAGGGAAUCAAAGCCAAGCGGAAGCCCGGCGCUUCGUCCAAGCCGCCCGCCGCCGGGGAGGCCGAGGGCGCCGCGGGGUCCCCCAGCCAGAAGCCGCACGUGUGCGAGCACUGCAGCGCGGCGUUCCGGAGCUCCUACCACCUGCGCCGGCACGUGCUCAUCCACACGGGCGAGAGGCCUUUCCAGUGCAGCCAGUGCAGCAUGGGCUUCAUCCAGAAGUACCUGCUGCAGAGGCACGAGAAGAUCCACAGCAGGGAAAAGCCCUUUGGGUGCGACCAGUGCAGCAUGAAGUUCAUCCAGAAGUACCACAUGGAGAGACACAAGAGGACGCAUAGCGGAGAAAAGCCAUACAAAUGCGACACUUGUCAGCAGUAUUUUUCGAGGACUGAUAGGCUCUUGAAGCACAGAAGAACGUGUGGUGAAGCCAUAGGCAAGGCAGGUGCCGGAGGGGAAGCUGGAGCCUCAAACCACAGCAUGGGUAGCCUGGCUGCAUUGUCUCAGGGAAAUACGAGUUCCUCAAGGAGAAAAAGCAAAACAAAAAGUGUAUCUGCUGAAAGCAAAGGAAGCAAGUGUAGUAGUAAGGUAUCGGAGCCCCCAGCUACAAGUAAUGUGGCCAUGCCAAAUUAUGCAGUUGAUAUUCCUAUUGUGUCUUCCAGCAGCGGUCUCGUUGGCACGGGCAUAGAAGAGCUUCAGAAAAAGGUGCCAAAGCUGGUCUUUAAAAAAGGAAGCCGAAAACACGCAGACAAAAACUACCUUAAUUUUGUAUCACCACUGCCAGAUAUUCUGGGGCAAAAACCGUUGUCCGGGAAGCAGAGUGGCUCUCUAGGCCUAGGGACCAAUACCGGUGUGGAAAGUAUUGGCCUUCUCCAAAGUACAGGUGGGAAACCAGGUCAGAUCAGUAGCAAUUACGAUGAUGCCAUGCAGUUUUCCAAGAAAAGAAGAUACUUGCAAACUGCGAGCGGUAACAGUGCCUUUUCACUUAAUGUUGGACACAUGACCUCCCAGCAGUCCGUCAUCCAGUCUGCAGGUGUUAGUGUUAUGGAUAACGAAGCUCCGUUAUCCCUCAUUGAUUCAGCAUCUUUAAAUACCGAAAUCAAGUCUUGCCAUGACAAGUCUGGUAUUCCUGAUGAAGUCUUGCAGAGCCUUUUGGACCAGUACUCUCACAAAUCAGAAGGCCAGAAGGAAGACCCUUUCAGCAUAACUGAGCAACGUGUGGACUUGCACACCUCAGGAGAACAUUCAGACAUGGUUCAGGAAGAAAACCUGAGCCCCAACUCGCAAACAGUUUCAAAUGAUAAGGCAAGCAUGUUACAAGAAUACUCCAAAUACCUCCAACAAGCUUUUGAAAGAACAACCAAUAGCACUGGUUUUGCUUUUGGACCCAGUUUCCAGUUUGUUAGCUUGUCCUCAACCCUCCAUAACCACACUCUGUUUCAAGACAAACAGAUAUACACUACAUCUCCACUCGAGUGUGGCUUCAGCCAGUCCGUUACCUCAGUGUUGCCAACUGCAUUGCCAAAACCUCCAUUUGGGAUGUUGCUUGGGUCUCAGCCAGGCUUUUAUUUAUCUGCUUUGGAGGCUACGCAUCAGCAGUUGACUCCUUCUCAAGAGCUAGAUGAUCUCAUUGAUCCGCAGAAAAACUUGGAGACUUCAUCCAGCUACCAGUCUACAUCUCAGAAACUGACUGGCCAGAAGGAGCAGAAAAACUUAGAGUCCUCAACGAGCUUUCAGAUUCCGUCUCAGGACUUAGCUAGCCAGAUUGAUCCUCAGAAGGACAUCGAGCCUAGAGGAACCUACCAGAUCGAGAACUUUGCACAGGCGUUUGGUUCUCAGUUCAAGUCGGGCAGCAGGGUGCCAAUGACUUUUAUCACUAACUCUAAUGGAGAAGUGGACCAUAGAGUAAGGACUUCAGUGUCAGAUUUCUCAGGGUAUACAAAUAUGAUGUCUGAUGUAAGUGAGCCAUGUAGUACACGAGUAAAAACCCCAACCAGCCAGAGUUACAGGUAAGGUCCCAACUGUGACUGGACUGUGGGGUCUUUUUUUAAUGUAAUUUUGUUUUACUUUGACAACACUGCCAUUGGAAUGUUUCUACACGGUCCUAUCGAGAAUAAUGUAACAUGCCCUUUCAAUGCAACUUUUCAUAUUUAGUUUAUUUUGUUAGUGUGAUUUUUUAGAUCUGUUUAUUAUGGUUUUUAAUCAAAAAUCAAUAGAAUAAAAUAGUUUUUUUGUUCAAGUGACUUUGUUUAGCAAUCAAAUUUACAUAUAGAGAUUGUCAGGGAAUAGCCCAAAUGUUUAAAAUGCAAAAAAAAAAAAAAAAAAAAAUUAACUUUGUUCCUAGGAUUAAGGUUUAUUCUAAUUGCUUUACUCUCAGGAAAGUGUAAUGAAACAUGGGAUUUCUAUGCACCACUAGUGUAUUGGAACUUCCAAUCUACAGAUAGUGACAAAUAUAUUUCAGCUUUUUUGAGGAAGGGAUCUAUGACAUUUCAAUUUGCUGUCUUUUAUAUCUGGGCUGAUCUGAAAGACUUUUGCUACCUAAAUCUUGUUGCUUUUAAAGUACCCAUGUUCUUCCAGGUGAUGCUCAUUCCAGACAGGUGGAGCAGAGAUUCAUGGAUCCAUAGUAAGAGCCCAGACUGGUAGCUUUAAUAGAAACAAUAAUGUCCCCAGAACUCCUGUGUAAGACUGUAAUUCCAUAAAGAGAUUCUGUUGACACAAACCAUGAGAACAAAACGUGUACGUCUGGUUCAUGUCACUAGAACCCCAGCUUGAAACUACAGUCCUAGCCCCUACACGCUCUUGGGAUACAUUAUUUAUUAUACAUGGUUCAGAAGACAUCAGUCUCUUACUCUUCCCCUUUUCCACAUUCUCUUAGUGUAUAAGGUCCCCUUUCUUUUG